GCUGUCGUCUGCUUGGUCUACUCUAUGGCUGAUGGCUCUAUGCUAUGGUCUGCUUGACUAUAAAUAGUUGAUGUUAGUUUUCGAAUGAUAAUGAUAAGGAAGAUUUUUCCUAUUUAAAACUCAUCAAAAUGCUGUCCGUGCAUAGGUUUCAAAGUGAAGUUAGCAGGCGAACUCUAUUGUCUUUUAAGAAGGGAAAUCUACACCAAAUUGUCUUUAAAGGUGGUAAAUGGACUGGUCGAGGAGGCUCCUCAAGAUUGCAAUCGCGAGUAGAAUUGACACCUUCAAAACCGAAUGUAUCACCCGAAGGCAAAGGACGUUUGUUUGGGCCAGUUUUGUUUACAACUGGGUUUACAGGAUCCUGCUUUGCUUUGGGUGCAAUUUGGGAAUAUGAAAAUAUGAGGAGCAAAGCAUUGCAAUUCAAACAAAAAGCUAAUAACUGGAUUGAGAGACAACAGAAUAAUAUUAAAAAUGGGAGUUUCAGAAACCAAAUGAAUCAUUGGUGGAACAGCCAGAAUAUGACUGAGGGGCAAAAACUAUUUUAUUGCAUCUUGUUAGCCAACACAACAGUUUUGUUAGCUUGGAGAAUUCCAGCAUUGACACAAUUUAUGAUAUCAUAUUUUUGUUCUAAUCCAUUUGCAAGAGCUGUUUGCUGGCCGAUGGUCUUUUCAACAUUCUCUCAUCACUCUUUCUUGCAUUUUGGAGCCAACAUGUAUGUUCUUUAUUCUUUCAUGAAUGCCACUACUCAUUAUAUGGGUAAAGAACAAUUUCUAGCUUUCUAUCUUUCUGCCGGUGUGAUAUCAUCAUUGGCCAGUCACAUCUUCAAGACAGCGUUGCGAAUGCCUGGAAUUUCCCUUGGAGCGUCAGGAGCCAUUAUGGGUGUUCUUGCUUAUUUUUGUUCUCAACACCCCGACGCCCUAUUGCAAAUAGCCUUUAUUCCUGGAUUCACUUUCACUGCAGAUUCGGGUUUGAAGGCACUUCUUUGUUUCGAUACAGUAGGCUUGAUAAUGCGGUGGAAGCUUUUUGAUCAUGCCGCGCAUUUGGGUGGCGCCAUGUUUGGACUAUUUUGGAGCCAUUGGGGGCAAAGAGACGUAUGGAAUCAGCGAGUUCAAUUCUUACAAAUGUGGCACAAUUUCCGAACUGGAUUCAAAUCAGAUUAAUGAUAACGUAUAUAUAUAUAUAUCACCCUGUGUUUAUUUUGUUGACAACAAAAAAUAUUCAAUUGUAAUAUUACACAGAUGCAGAAGUGUUUACGAA